CGGAGGAAGAGGCGAAGGAGGAGGAGGAGGGAGAACCCCGUGCAACGUUGGGACUUGGCAGCUCGCCUCCCCCUGCCCAAGGAUAUUUAAUUUGCCUCGGGAAUCGUUACUUCCAGAGGGGAACUCAGGAGGGAAGGCGCGCGCGUCUGGAGGGGCAACGCCAGGACCCCCGGCCGCCGCCUGCCUGCGCCGGACUCUGGCCCCGGCGGCGAGAGAUGCUUCUUCCCGGCCGCGGCGGCUGAGAGGAGACUUGGCUCUCGGGGUAUCCGGGCUGCACUCGCGCUGGACGCGCAACCUCCCCGCAGGGCAUGAAACGCCAGUAAACUCCGGUCGGGGCUAUCUCCUUGGCGCAGCUGCUGCGUCCUCCUCUACUGCCCCUCCCCGGCGCGGAGGGCGGCGUGGAUUUCGGAGUCAGGGUUUCUGCCGCCUCCAGCCCUGUUUGCAUGUGCGGGGCCGCGGCGAGGAGCCUCCGCCCCCCGCCCGGUUGUUUUUCGGCGCCUCCCUCCGCGCGGUGGCGGCGGCGGCGGCAGCAUGGCGAGCCCUCCCGAGACGGACGGCUUCUCCGACGUGCGCAAGGUGGGCUACCUGCGCAAGCCCAAGAGCAUGCACAAGCGAUUCUUCGUGCUGCGGGCGGCCAGCGAGGCUGGGGGCCCGGCGCGCCUCGAGUACUACGAGAACGAGAAGAAGUGGCGGCACAAGUCGAGCGCCCCCAAACGCUCGAUCCCCCUCGAGAGCUGCUUCAACAUCAACAAGCGGGCCGACUCCAAGAACAAGCACCUGGUGGCCCUCUAUACCCGGGACGAGCACUUUGCCAUCGCGGCGGACAGCGAGGCCGAGCAGGACAGCUGGUACCAGGCCCUCCUGCAGCUGCACAACCGUGCCAAGGGCCACCACGACGGGGCCGCGGCCCCCGGGGCGGGAGGUGGCGGGGGCAGCUGCAGUGGCAGCUCCGGCCUUGGCGAGGCUGGGGAGGACUUGAGCUACGGGGACGUGCCCCCAGGACCCGCCUUCAAGGAAGUCUGGCAGGUGAUCCUGAAACCCAAGGGCCUGGGUCAGACAAAGAACCUGAUUGGCAUCUACCGCCUCUGCCUGACCAGCAAGACCAUCAGUUUCGUGAAGCUGAACUCGGAGGCUGCCGCGGUGGUGCUGCAGCUGAUGAACAUCAGGCGCUGUGGCCACUCAGAGAACUUCUUCUUCAUCGAAGUGGGCCGUUCCGCAGUGACGGGACCCGGGGAGUUCUGGAUGCAGGUGGAUGACUCUGUGGUGGCCCAGAACAUGCACGAGACAAUCCUGGAGGCCAUGCGGGCCAUGAGUGAUGAGUUCCGGCCUCGAAGCAAGAGCCAGUCCUCCUCCAACUGCUCCAACCCCAUCAGCGUCCCCCUGCGCAGGCACCACCUCAACAACCCUCCGCCCAGCCAGGUGGGGCUGACCCGCCGCUCGCGCACAGAGAGCAUCACUGCCACCUCCCCGGCCAGCUUGGUGGGCGGGAAGCAGGGCUCCUUCCGGGUCCGUGCCUCUAGUGAUGGCGAAGGCACCAUGUCUCGCCCUGCCUCUGUGGACGGCAGUCCUGUGAGUCCCAGCACCAACAGGACCCAUGCCCACCGGCAUCGAGGCAGUUCCCGGCUGCACCCGCCUCUCAACCACAGCCGCUCCAUCCCCAUGCCUUCUUCUCGCUGCUCGCCUUCCGCCACCAGCCCGGUCAGUCUGUCGUCCAGUAGCACCAGUGGCCACGGCUCCACCUCGGACUGUCUCUUCCCGCGGCGGUCUAGUGCUUCCGUGUCCGGUUCCCCCAGUGAUGGCGGUUUCAUCUCCUCUGAUGAGUAUGGCUCCAGUCCCUGCGAUUUCCGAAGUUCCUUCCGCAGCGUCACCCCGGAUUCCCUGGGCCACACCCCGCCGGCCCGCGGUGAGGAGGAGCUGAGCAACUACAUCUGCAUGGGAGGCAAGGGGGCCUCCACCCUCACGGCCCCCAAUGGUCACUACAUUUUGCCUCGGAGUGGCAACGGUCACCGCUACAUCCCGGCAGCCGGCUUGGGCACGAGCCCAGCCCUGACAGGGGAUGAAGCAGCCAGUGCUGCAGAUCUGGAUAAUCGGUUCCGAAAGCGGACUCACUCUGCUGGCACGUCGCCUACCAUUUCCCACCAGAAGACCCCAUCCCAGUCCUCUGUGGCCUCCAUUGAGGAAUAUACCGAGAUGAUGCCUGCCUACCCACCAGGAGGUGGCAGUGGAGGCCGAGUGCCCAGCUACCGGCACUCCGCCUUCGUGCCCACCCACUCCUACCCAGAGGAGGGUCUGGAAAUGCACCCCUUGGAGCGGCGUGUGGGCCACCACCGCCCAGACACCUCCAACCUCCACACCGAUGAUGGCUACAUGCCCAUGUCCCCAGGGGUGGCCCCAGUGCCCGGGAGCCGAAAGGGCAGUGGGGACUACAUGCCCAUGAGCCCCAAGAGCGUGUCUGCCCCUCAGCAGAUCAUCAACCCCAUCAGACGCCAUCCCCAGAGAGUGGACCCCAAUGGCUACAUGAUGAUGUCCCCAAGCGGCAGCUGCUCUCCUGACAUUGGAGGUGGGCCCAGCAGCGGCGGCAGCAGCGGUGCCGCCCCUUCUGGGAGCAGCUAUGGCAAGCUCUGGACGAAUGGGGUAGGGGGCCACCACUCUCACGCCCUGCCACACGCCAAACUCCCUGUGGAGAGCAGUAGCGGCAAGCUGUUGUCUUGUACGGGUGACUACAUGAACAUGUCGCCAGUGGGGGACUCCAACACCAGCAGCCCUUCCGACUGCUACUAUGGCCCUGAGGACCCCCAGCACAAGCCAGUCCUCUCCUACUACUCAUUGCCAAGGUCCUUUAAGCACACCCAGCGUCCGGGGGAGCUGGAGGAGGGCGCCCGGCAUCAGCACCUCCGCCUUUCCUCCAGCUCGGGUCGACUCCUCUAUGCUGCGGCCGUGGAAGAUUCCUCCUCGUCCACCAGCAGCGACAGCCUGGGCGGGGGAUACUGCGCGGCUAGGCCCGAGCCCGGCCUGCCGCAUCUCCACCAUCAGGUCCUGCAGCCCCAUCUGCCUCGAAAGGUGGACACAGCUGCCCAGACCAACAGCCGCCUGGCUCGGCCCACGAGGCUGUCCCUGGGGGACCCCAAGGCCAGCACCUUACCUCGGGCCCGAGAGCAGCCGCAGCCACAGCCGCAGCCGCCGCCGCCCCUGCUGCCCCCUCCGGAGCCCAAGAGCCCAGGGGAGUAUGUGAAUAUUGAAUUUGGGAGCGAUCAGCCGGGCUACUUAUCAGGCCCGGGGGCGUCCCACAGCUCGCCUUCUGUCCGGUGUCCAUCCCAGCUCCAGCCGGCUCCCAGAGAGGAGGAGACGGGCGCGGAAGAGUACAUGAACAUGGACCUGGGGCCGGGCCGGAGGGCCGUCUGGCGGGAGAGCGCUGGGGUGCAGCCGGGCAGCAUGGGCCCGGCGCCCCCUGGAGCUGCUAGCGUGUGCAGGCCCACCAGGGCAGUGCCCAGCAGCCGGGGUGACUACAUGACCAUGCAGAUGGGCUGUCCCCGGCAGAGCUACGUGGACACCUCGCCGGUCGCCCCCAUCAGCUAUGCGGACGUGCGGACCGGCGUCGUCGUGGAGGAGGCCAGCCUGCCUGGCGCCGCCGCGGCCACGCCCUCCUCAUCCUCGACGGCCUCUGCUUCCCCCGCUGCGCCUCAAGGAGCAGAGGAGCUGGCGGCCCGCUCUUCCCUGCUGGGGGGCCCGCAGGGACCAGGGGGCCCGAGUGCCUUCACGCGGGUGAACCUCAGUCCCAACCGCAACCAGAGUGCCAAAGUGAUCCGUGCCGACCCGCAAGGGUGCAGGAGGCGGCACAGCUCCGAGACCUUCUCCUCGACGCCCAGUGCCACCCGGGCAGGCAACACGGUGCCCUUCGGAGGGGGGGCUGCAGCCGGGGGCGGCGGUGGUGGCAGCAGCAGCACGGAGGAUGUGAAACGCCACAGCUCUGCUUCCUUUGAGAACGUGUGGCUGCGGCCUGGGGAGCUCGGGGGAGCCCCCAAGGAGCUGGCCCAAGUGUGCGGGGCCGCGGGGGGUUUGGAGAAUGGGCUUAACUACAUAGACCUGGAUUUGGUCAAGGACUUCAAACAGAGCCCUCAAGAGCGCCCCGCUCAGCCGCAGCCUCCUCCUCCCCCGCCCCCUCAUCAGUCUCUGGGACGCAGCGAGAGCGGCUCCACCAGCCGCUCCAGCGAGGAUUUAAGCGCCUAUGCCAGCAUCAGUUUCCAGAAGCCGCCAGAGGACCUCCAGUAGCUCAACUGGACAUCACAGCAGAAUGAAGACCUAAAUGACCUCAGCAAAUCCUCCUUUAACUCAUGGGUCCCCAGACUCUAAAUAUUUCAUGAUUCACAACCAGGACCUCACAUCUUCCUCCUCAGUAGAUGGUACGAUGCACCCAUUUCAGUUUGUUUACUUUACACAAUCCUCAGGAGUUUGUUGACUGAACUGCACGUUCUAUAUCGUGCCAAGAAAAAAGCACUGUGACACCAGAACAAUGAGUCUGCAUAAACUUCAUCUUCAACCUUAAGGACUUAGCUGGCCACAUGAGCUGAUGUGCCCCCCACCGUGCCACGAGAGAAUGGGUUUACGCUCAUUGCAUUUACAAGACACAUUUCAUCUGCUGCUGAAACCGUGUACGACAGAGCAUCAUUGUAAAUUAUUUCAUACGGAACUGUUUGCUUUGGGUGGAGAGAGUAUUAAAUAUUUAACAUAGGUUUUUGAUUUAUAAGUGUAAUUUUUUUAAUUAAAAUGUAACUUUUCUUACAGCACAUCUUUUUUUGGGAUGUGGAACUGAGGUAUACAAUGUUCUGUUGUAAAGAGUGGAGCAAAUGCUUAAAACAAGGCUAACAAGAGUAGAAUAGGGUACGAUCCUUGUUUUAAGGUUGUAAUUCAGAAAAGUAAUAUAAUAAGAAUCAUAGUGCCAUAGAUGGUUCUCAAUUGUAUAGUUCUAUUUGCUGAUACUAUCUCUUGUAAUAUAGCCCUGAUGUUGAGCUGAGAUCCUUACAAGAAUUGAUCUUAAUUUUGUAUUUUUUUUUUCUGUAAGGCAAUAGGCCAUGUUAAUUAAACUGAAGAAGGAUAUAUUCUACUGGGUAUUUUCAAGUGUCAGCUUAAAAUUGGCAAUUGAAUGGAAGCAAAAUUACAAGAAAAGGCAAUCAGUGUCUUCCAUUGUAUAUACUGUAAAGAGGAGGCGACAUGGGUGAUCCCUUCGAAUCAAAAGCUCUCUUUGGAAUGAACAAUGUGGGUGUUUGUAAAUUCUGGAAAUUUCUUUCUAUUCAUAAUAAACUAGAGACUGUUGA